AGAUGUAGAUAGAUAUUUAGGAGAUGAGAUAACGUGACAAGUGUCGUAUGCCAUGGCUCAAAAUCAACACUUGAUCCAAACUGCUCUCUUCCCCCCUUCCCUAUUUUCUCCCUCCAAAAUCAGAAGCUUUUUCCUUUGUACUGUGUUUCCUCUCUCCAUCAAAAUUAUACUCAAUAUUUACUAGUCUUCUCUCAGUUGCCAUGGCAGUGGCAGAAUUUACUCCCUCUUCUUCAUCUAUAAUAAAAAAGACUAGUCUUUACUCUUCCCAACUUUCCUAUGUAUCAACUCAUCAGAUUUCUUAUAAGCGUCGGUUCAGUCUUAGGCCUCUCCAAAGAACCCACUAUGCUAAUAUAUGCUGCUCUGUUACUUCUAAUGAAGUUCAAGCACCAGUGGUGACUAAUGACCUAAAGAAGAAACCUGAAUGCUUUGGUGUUUUCUGUCUCACUUAUGAUCUCAAAGCUGAAGAAGAGACAAGUUGUUGGAAGAAGUUGAUAAAUGUCAGUGUUUCAGGUGCUGCCGGGAUGAUUGCUAAUCAUCUUCUUUUUAAACUUGCAGCAGGUGAAGUUUUUGGGCCUGAUCAGCCAAUCGCAUUAAAAUUAUUGGGGUCCGAGCGGUCAAUCCAAGCCCUUGAAGGAGUUGCUAUGGAGCUAGAAGACUCCUUGUAUCCUUUGCUUAGGGAGGUCAGCAUAGGCAUAGAUCCUUAUGAGGUGUUCC